UUCCUCAUCAAGAACUAGAAGAGCUUAGCUUUGGCCUAAGGUUUUGCUAUCUGAGAAGGGAGAUAUCUUCCCUCCUUUUAUAUAUGUUUAUGCCCACCACACUUGGGGGGGCAUAUGGAUACGGUCCAUCAUGUGACAUCCUGACAGGAAUUCAGGAAAAACUAGUAUAUACAGAGAGAGAGGAGACUAAUUAGACUCUGGUGGUCCUGAGAUCAUUAAUAUCGUUACAAAGUAGCUAGCGUGGGAUUUGAAAUCUUAACUGCUCCCACGAGCAUCGAGGACCUCACCACAGUUUCUUAUUUCGUUUUUUUUUCUACUUAAUAGUCUACUCUAAAGGACCACUCACGAGUUCAUGAGAGAGAGAGUGUGUGUGUGUGAGGUCUAAUUACUUAGAAAACCAAUCGGCUGAUCCCACUGACAUCACCAAAUGACUUUUGACCCAAAUUGUCGGCGUUAAUUUAACCCAUACUGGGGAGAAGGGAGAAGGGAGAACUGUAUUCGAUCUACUGCGCAUCGAGAUAUAUAUACACACAAGCAGUCGCCAGUGGAAUUGGCUAGAUAAUUAAGAAGACCGAAAGCAAAGAAAGGAUCGAGGAGAUGAUGAAGGCUGUCUCUCUUCUUUUGAGCAUGAUUUUUCCGCUAGCUCUUAUAGCCCUGGUUGGAUUGCUAUUUCAUGUUUACAACACCGUGUGGCUGAAGUCUGCAAGGAUCAGGAAGAAACUGCGCGUGCAAGGGAUCAAAGGGCCUUCACCUUCUUUUUUGUACGGGAGUCUGUCUGAGAUGCAGAAGAUCCAAUCCCAGGCGACGACGUCCAAGCCCCCAAAUCAUGCUGAAAUUGUAGCCCACGACUACACUUCCACUCUCUUCCCAUAUUUUGAACAGUGGAGAAAGGAAUACGGUCCAGUAUAUACUUAUUCAACGGGGAUGAGGCAACACAUGUAUGUGAACCAGCCGGAGCUAGUAAAGGAAAUGAACCAGUGUAUCACCUUGGACUUGGGCAAGCCUUCUUAUAUAACGAAGAAACUUGCAUCCAUGCUCGGCAAUGGCAUUUUGAGGUCCAACGGCCUUAUUUGGGCACAACACAGGAAAAUUGUUGCACCUGAGUUCUUCAUGGACAAAGUAAAGGGUAUGGUGGGGUUAAUGCUCGAGUCAGCUCAACCAUUGCUGAGAAAAUGGGAAGACUGCAUCGAAGCUCAAGGUGGUAUCUUAGCAGACAUUCAAGUGGAUGAGGAUUUGAAGGGUGUCUCAGCAGAUGUAAUCUCAAGGGCUUGUUUUGGGAGCUCUUAUUUUAAAGGCAAAGAAAUUUUCUUAAAGCUUAGGAGUCUUCAGAAAGCAAUUUCCCAGCAAGACUUCCUUUUUGGGGUUACCAGUUUCAGUUUUCUUAGAAUGAGGAAGCAAAAGAAGAUCAGCAGUUUGGAGAGAGAGAUCGAGUCAUUGAUCUGGAAAGCAGUGAAAGAACGCGAACAACAAUGCUUAGAGACAUCUUCAUCCGAGAAGGAUUUAUUGCAGUUGCUUCUGGAGGGGGCCAUGAAUGAUCAAAGUCUGGUCAAGGAUUCAUCCAAGCGUUUCAUAGUUGACAAUUGCAAGAACAUAUACUUUGCCGGGCAUGAAACCACUGCUGUUGCAGCCUCCUGGUGUUUGAUGCUACUGGCCUUACAUCCAGAGUGGCAAGCUCGAAUUAGGAGGGAGGUAGCUCAAGUUUGCCCAAAUGGCCUGGCAGAUUUAAAUUCAGUCCUUCAGUUGAAGACGGUGACUAUUGUGAUUCAAGAAGUUCUGCGUCUAUAUCCACCAGCGGCCUUCGUUUCAAGAGAGGCACUGGAAGACACCCAACUUGGAAAUAUUGUCAUUCCCAAGGAUGUAUGCUUGUGGACUCUGAUACCGACGCUGCACCGGGAUCACAAUAUUUGGGGGCCGGACGCGAAUGAGUUCAAACCAGAGAGAUUCAGCAACGGUGUCUCCAAGGCUUGCAAGUUUCCCCAAGCCUAUAUACCAUUCGGACUGGGUCCUCGCAUCUGCUUGGGCAAAAACUUUGCGAUGGUCCAACUGAAGAUUGUCCUCUCUCUUAUUAUCUCCAAGUUUGCUUUCUCCCUGUCUCCCAGAUACCAACACUCUCCUGCUUACAGAAUGAUUGUAGAGCCUGGACACGGUGUACAUAUCCUCAUUAAAAGGAUUUGACUAGGGAUAAAAAGAGUCGAUUAUAUCUGCUAAACUCAUCCGAGCCUAUAUAUAUAAUCAUCUCUUGCUUUUCUUCUUCCCUUCUAUCAAGUUUGAAUUUUUCACUAUGGUCUUGUGAAAGUGUGAAACUCGUUGAUCUGCUUCACUAUGUAUACACGUCUUUUUAUUUGAAAUACAAUCCCAAUUGUAGAAUGA